AUGACCACUGUCACUACCACUACUCCAUCUCUCAAUCAGUCUUCGUUUGAGCUAAGUGGCCCAUAUGGCGAUUGGAGAGACGACCUUCACAAUGAAGGCUAUGCGAUCAUUAAGAAUGCCAUCGACCCAAAAAAGGCCCAGGACUAUCAGCGCAAAGCUCUGGACUGGCUUACAUCUUUCAGCACAACCCUCGACCUUGAUGAUCCUUCCACGUGGACCAAUGACAACUUACCGGUCCAAAGCAAAGUGAAUACGUUCAAUGGAUAUUCAGUCACCCAUGAGAAAUUCAUGUGGGAUGCUCGCAUGGAGCCAAAGGUACUGGAGGCAUUUUCCAAGAUCUGGGGUACCGAUGAGCUCCUCGUCUCGUUUGACGCGCUGAACAUCACUCUGCCCAACCGAGAAGACAAGCCUGCUCAAAAACCAUGGCCCCACGUGGAUCAGUCGCCAAUGCGUCGCGGGCUCCACUGUAUUCAGGGAAUUAUCAAUUUAAGCCAUGCGGGUCCCGAGGAUGGAUCCCUUAUGGUGUUUCCGCGGUCAAACACAGUAACCGAGGAGUUCUUCGACACCGAGACCGAUCCAUCCACCUGGGAGCAGAAGGACCUGCGCCUGUUCAGCGCGGAAGAAAUCCAGUGGUUUGAGUCUCAUGGUAUGAAACCAUCCAAGGUGCUUGCGGAGCCGGGAGAUUUAAUCGUGUGGGAUUCACGUACGGUGCAUUGGGGUGGGGAACCCACCGUCAACAGCAAUACGAUCCGAACGGUGAUUUAUGCAUCCUACGCCCCCUUUGAGCUAGCCACGGAAGAGAGCCUGAAACGAAAGAAAGAAGCUUUCGCCUCUUACCGAGCAACAACUCAUUGGCCCCAUGAGAACAUAGUGAUCCGCGAUGGAGUGGUGCAUCUCCCAGAUGAUGAAACUAGUGAGCAUUUGACGUCGAUCUUCCGUAUUGCUCACAAAGCAAAUAUGAAAUCGUUUGAAUCUCGCCCUCCCGUCGACUAUCCACGGAAGCGUGCAUCAAUCGCAUGUAAUUUCUGUCGGCAUCGGAAACGGAAGUGCGAUGGGCAGAAGCCGACAUGUGGCCUCUGCACCGAUGCGGGGGCUCAGUGUGUCUAUCAAGAAAGCGACAGGGUGCAAGAUAUCCCCGCUGAAAUCCUGCUUCGCUUGACCCAUCUGGAAACCCUGAUCGAGCAACAGAAGGACGCCAUCACCGAGCUCGCAGCCCGAGUAGGCGCUUCGUCGGAUCAUCCGGGUCGGUCAAGUUCCUCUAUCUAUGCCUCACAGCCUAAAUACGACUGGGACCCAUCACCGGAGCAUGUAUACGAUAAAUCCUCCUUCGGCCUGUUUUCACCGGAGAACACCUACGGCUCUGAAUAUGCAUUUACCAUUCCUUUCGGUCAUCAUACGCCAACCGGGAGCCUAUUUGCGUUGGAUCGAGUCAAAAAUUUGGUUGGCGACUACCCUCAAGACUUUUUCAAGCAGAUAGAGAAAAAGCGACCAUUCAACAGUAUCCAGGCCGCAGGCAUACCUCAAGCUUUUGAACAAAUCGACGUAUCCCGACUGCAUCCUCAGGUCACCAAACCUCUAAUCACCGAGUUCCUCCAUCAUGUCCAUGCAUUCUUCCCGAUUGUCGAGCCGCAGCUGUUACAAAUGCUUUUUGACACUUUCUCAACGUACACCAAGGUCAACAGUAUCCAAACUUCACUUUAUCUCGUGAUUCUGGCUCUCGGAAAGGUCUCUACGAAUCCUCAACGGAUUUUUGAUAUUGAAGCGGACAAGGAUUUGAGUGGGAUGGAAUAUUUCGCUUCCGCAUAUCACUACUUGAACAGCCCAUUGAUAACGUCCUUUGCAGCGGACCAUUUGUUGCCUUUAGCUUUAUUCUACGGCUCGUUGUAUCUGCGCUACAUAGGACGCCCAAUCCAAGCAUGGGAAAUGAUUCGUGAAGCAUCUGGUAGUGUGCAGAUCAUGAUAUCUGAACUGCAUGACAUGAACACACACGAAGAGCGAGCGAGUCUCUAUCGGAUAGCUUGGGCCUGCUUCAUUCUCGAAUGUGACGAUCUCGCCGAAUUUAAUUUCCCUCCCAGUGGUAUUGAAGUCCUCGUGGAUAGAUUGCCCUUUCCUCGAAUUUCAGAAGAUAGCCGAAACGGCCAUCUUGUAUUCCUCGCCAUGUGCUCGAUUCGAAAGCUUCUCAACCGCGUGCACAGUGCUCUAUAUGCAAAACCCGAUCAGGCUAAUUUCCAUACCAGCCCUCCGCCCCAACACACAAGUGACACCCCCAGUGUGACUCCCCAAAAGCAGUCGAUUACAUCUCUUAAGACAAUCAGCGAGGAGCUCGAUCGUCAAUUGGAGGACUGGUUUGGCUCGCUCCCAAACCCCAUCAGGCCAACCCUGGGCAAUUCAAUAUCCGCAGAUCACCCUUACGACACUUACAUUCUCGCCCGGUACUAUGCCACAAAACACAUCAUCUGCCGUCCGAGCCUUGUUUUUGCUGCCCACAGCCAGGGCAGUACAGUAUUGCCAGAAUUUAUUUUCGCGAAUUGCAAGAAGUGCGUUGAUAGCUGUCGCAAAUUCAUCUGGGCGGCAUCGCUUCUUAUGAUGCAGAGAACACACUCAAACUGGCAUCGAAUGCAAGCAAUUUUGGCUGCCAUUUUUACUCUCUCGACUGCGAAAACCACGCCGGCUUUAGAGCCCCUUGUUCCGGACUUCGAUGAGCUAGUGAAGGAAGCAAUUCAAUGCGUUGAACCAUGGGCGCAGUAUUGCGAGACCGCGGAUACAGUCGUCAGCAUGUUGAAGACAAUCCGCCAGAAAGUGCGAGUAUUAGUUCGGGGAGCUUAG